CUUUGUGCUGACCAGACGGUUCAUGAAGAACGCGCGACUAUAUGAAGGCACACGCAAAACAACUAUCACGGUUUCCGAUUUUAUUGCAAACUGGGUUUCUAUAUUUUUUUAAAUAUCUCCUAAAAAUUCCAAUGGAGUUAAAUUAAAAGCCCCCUACUCGAAUUGAUCUUCUAUACUUAACUAUACAUAUAUAUAAUAUUACAUGCAUACAUGUUAAAGUUCGUGGGUUUGAUGGCUGGCGCCGAAUAAUACACAGGAGCUGUUCGGGCGCGUAUUUACAAUUCUUAUUUUGAUUAAUCAAGUGGAAUAACAGAUUAGGGUAAUCAUUAGAACAGUGACCAAAAAGUUAUUCAGCGACUAAAAACUAGCCACAUCGCAGCGGAAUCUACAAAUUGUCAACAAGAUGGGACUUCUCUUUCUUCAGAAAUUUUUUUAAUUAAGAGGCGGGAACUCGGAGGGCCAGAUUGCGGAAGACUAAAAGUAAUCAGCAACUUUAACCUUUAAAACAGACUGAGAAGGUCCUGGUGAGAAACAAUAGGAAAGAAGAUACCCGGUACGAACGGCUAAUUGCACGAGACUGACAGCAGGCAAGAAAUAAGGACCAGGAAAGGUACUGUGAGUUAUACUGCCUUACGCAAGUUCACGAAUGUUCGGCGUACACGAUAGCUGACUUGCCUACACAACAACUGACUUGCCUACACAUCAACUGACUUGCCUAUAUCACAUCAAAUGACCUGCCUACACAUCAACUGACUUACCUACACAUCAACUGACUUGCCUACACAUCAACUGACUUGCCUAUAUCACAUCAAAUGACCUGCCUACACAUCAACUGACUUGCCUAUACUCAAUAACUGGCUUAAUUGCAUAUAUAGAAAUUCAAGUCCACCACUGUCCAGACUUAACAAUAACUCAACACUAUACAACUGACCAGCCUAAUCACUUAACUCUGGAAUUACACAACUUGAUCCUCCUGAAAAUAACUAGCUCUGACAAAGGAUAAGGAACAAUGCCUCUGGGGACCCGAAAUCCUGUAGGACUCCCGCCGGCAGAAGAGAGUGACCGUAAGUCAGGUUACUCUGAGGGUAGCAGCGAUACCGCCAGCCUCGACAGCGACAGGGCGACGCAUUACAGCGCUUCUGAGAGCAUCACCAGCUACACACCAGAAACCAGUGCUGCUGAAAACGAUGUCCCGCGCGGUUGGCAGGCUUCGCUGUUCAAUCCCAUGCAGCGUCUCAACGGCCUACUGCGCUACGCUGCUCGGUCCGAUCUCACUAUCAAGUUCUUGGACUCGGAAAAGUCGUACAAGGUGCAUCGGUUAGUCCUGGCCAUGAGUUCAGCCGUGCUGGAAGAAAAAGUUUAUUCCAAGCCGAGCUCUGAACUCGUGCUUGACGUGGCCUCGCCAGCCGCGUUCAAGUGGCUGCUCGCCAACAUGUACAUGGGGUGCAAGAACCUGCCCAGCGUUGAACUGGCCUCUCAUGUCUACUCACUGGCUUUUAUGUAUGAAAUGACAGCAGUGAUGGGACAUUGCAAGCAGUAUUUGCUACACAAAGUGAGCACCGACAACUGCCACUUCGCGUACCAGGGCGCGAUGACGUGUGGGGACAUGGAGUUAGCCUCGCGCUGCGCUCAGAUAGCGAGUGGGGCGUGGGCGCAGGGCCGCAGCGCUGUGAUGCGAGCCCUGCCGCGGCAGGCGCUGUACCACCUGCUUGAACAGGACAGACUGUGCCUCUCCAGCGAGUGCUCCCUCUUCCAGGCCGUCGUCGACUGGGGGCAGCAUGCCCUUAAGAGCCAGGGCGAAGGUACGGACGUGAGGUCACAAGUAGAAGAGUUCUUGCCCCUCAUUAGGUUCCUGGCCAUGACCCCGGAGGAAUUCCUCGACAAAGUUUCUCCGUCGCAAGUUUUGACCGCGGACGAAUGCGUCUCGAUCUUGAUGAACAUCCGUGGUCGCAACGCCCCGCUGCCUACGACCUUCUACUGCAGCCUCAUGGGGCCUCGCCAGACGGUGUUCGACGACGGAUUGCUGCAGGUUCUCACCAACUGUCCACACAAUUCCAAGAAAUCCAAGAACUCGGACCUGGGAAACAAGAGCUACAGGCAAGGCCUUGGGUUCAAGUUAUAUUUCUCAUCGAGCAUUUACAUGAAGAGUGUGCAGAUAAGCAGCGGUUUCUUGCCUCGGGACGGGCAACUUCUGCUGCUGGACUCUGAGGGCAAAGCUAUCAUGGAGGCUGUGGAUGGCGAGUUCAUGGGACACCAAUGCACGUGUGGGAAAGUUCCUACCCCACACAGCAAUCUCCUCUCGUGGACAUUCAAUCCGCCUUUUUCGAUUCAAGGCAAGAAAGAAUACAUCGGGAAAGUGCGGCACAGCAAGAGCGAUAUUCAAAUCGAAACUAUCAAAGAAAUCAUGCCGGGGGUCACGAUCUGCGGGCAAAUCACGGCCUCACCUUUUAAGAUAGAGUUUUACUUGCGCUGAAACGCUAAUAAAAUAAGACUACUUAUAAGAAAUAGUAACACUACCAAACGAGAAAUGUAAUAAAUCUGUGAAAACUAUCAAGGCGUUUGCCCAGAUUAUCAACAACUGGAUAAAUUCAUAAAAAUUGUUAGGUUUAAAGCAGACGUUUUGAGGUUCUUCAAUUAUUAGUGUUAGUAGUAAUCUACAGUUGCAUGUGAAAUCUGGUCUGAGGAAAGACCACUCAAAAAUACAAGAGGUGAAUCUGA